CCAGGCUGCAGAAACGAGCGGCGAAAAUGGGCCCCAUCCUCGUUGACCACGCAGUGUUACGGGUUUCACUUCUCCAACUAAUACACAUUCGAAUAGAGCCGCUCACAGUGUGCGUUGGCAUGAAACUGUACAUUAAGAAAAGCUGCCAUGCGCUGGGGAUAGCCUGCUGCAGGGGGGGGGGGGGGGGGGGGUGCACGGACGUGAGAACCCCUUGCAAACCCCCCAUUUGCACGUCAUGGAACAUUUGCGGAACAGGGACCUCCCACCUUAAAGGCGUGCAACGGAGAGAGCAGACACAACAGCGAGAUCUGCCCUGCACUGAACUCAGCAGCUCAGGUGACGAGCACACCUACGGCUGUAGCGGACCGACGGAGGCGAAGGCAGACGGUCCCGGCGUGAAAGCCCCGGUAAGACCGCUUUGUGAAGCAGCGGGGGAAAGAGGCUUACCGGGCCCUGUGCAAACGCGCGGACGGCUUCGGAGCUCCGACGGGGGUUUUAGACGCUUUCCCUGGAUCGUCCGUGCACAGCCGGGGCGCAGUUCUCCGCCAUUCAGCCCGCCCUUUCGAGAUGAGCCGCGCGGCCGUGGUGCUGCGGGGGGUGCGAGCGGCAAGGGGGCGCUGGAGGGACGCGUUACCUGAGAUGAUGCCUCGGGGGCGCAAGAGGUGACCCGAUCCAAUCGGAAGCGACAAGAAAACGUGACCUCUCCUGAGGUUACACACGAGCCCGGCGGACGUAUCAGAUCAUUAAAAAAAAGCUUCAUUCA